AUGGGCGAAGGUGAAGUCGCGCACCAUCGAAAGAAGGACAAAGCAAAACAGUGCUUGUACUGCGAGCGCAAGUUCACCAAGGAGGAGCAUCUCAAGCGGCACCAGCGGAGCCAUACAGGCGAGAAACCCUUCAAGUGCCAUCGGUGUAACAAGCAGUACGGACGGAGUGAUGUACUUGCGCGCCAUUUGCAGACUCACGGUAUCAUCGUGACCGGAAGGAGACAGGAGGAUCCGUCGCAGAGCUAUGGUCAACCCAACGGAGUAGCUGGGGCUACGGACAUUGGUGGGAGCCUCCAUAAUGAUGGGCAGACGGGCGACAGCGAAGUGGUCGAUAUCGCGAAUAUCGACAUUACUCUUCACUCCAUCCGCGAUUCAGGACUAUCCAGAAGUCCACAGCAACCAGUGUUUGCUGCUGAGCAGCAGCACUCAGAUAUUUGGCCCACCAUAUCUGGGUUUGCUAACCAGGACGCGAGUGCUCAAGGCACCCAUCUCAGCGCAUCGCACCACUCCCGGUCGAUAGCGCCUCGAACAUUACCCGCUGAUCUAUCAUGCGCACCACUUCCAUGGAUAGAGCAAGACUAUCCGUCGCAGGGAAUCGGUCAGUCGCGUUCUGGUAGCACAGAUGUACGACUGCCUUCCCUACCACCUACACCAAGGAGCGGCUUUCCUGGCACUUGGACACCAUUUCCGAGGACACCUGACAUUCCUGCGUUCAGCCCCAGUGUCUUCAGGUACAUGGACUUCGACCCCUCAGCGACACCUGUCGGACCACAAUCUCCUCGUCCGCGGCGGUCGUCUUCGAAGGUCUUGUUCUCCGACAAUCAGCUUCGCCAUAUACGUCAUCUUUGGCAGGGUCAAAGAUCUGCACCAAGUUUGCAGCUCAUCCGGUCUCUGUGGAGUGCCGCAGCCAGGCAUACAGCGCCGAACAUAUUUUCCUUUUCAGCGGCGUCCGAAAAGAGGCAAGAUUAUGCGGAGUCUGGUCGAAGUCGACGGUGGAAGCUAGACGAACAGUGUCGGCGGGAUUUGAUCCAUUUUUGCGAGGACAUGGAAGAACGAUUAUCUUUGGACGCUGAUGCUGGGACUGGCUUGUUCCCCCAUACUCAGUCUGGACCGACGCCCUCGCCAGGAUCGAUUUCAGACACAAGCUCACUACCAGGCCUGUCGGCUGAUGGCUUUCCUACCUUGGAAGUCUUAGAAGCCAGUCUGGAUUUUUACUUUCAGUACUUUCCAUUCGCUUUCGUUCACAAAGCCACCUUCGAUGCAGGAACAACGCACCGGGCCAUUCUACUUCCCAUGAUUUUGAUUGGGCUGACGUCGCUUUACCUUGAGCGCUCUAAGAAUUUCGUCCUCCGCCAUUCGAAAAGGUUGAUGCGCCUCUGUCAUCAGAAUCUGACUAAUGAUGCACUUGGUCGCUGCGAGCCGUGGACGCUUCUAAUCACGAUCACGUCCACGUUGCUAGUCACGUACAUUUGCCUGGGCCUGAUUGAAGAAGUUGGCCACAACCAGGCCCACAUGCUGUGCUCACAAACUAUGAGUGUGGCAGAGAAGCACGGUCUUUUUGCAGCAGAGCGCGGCGAAGACGUCAAAGCGUUGCUGAAUGAAUUCGUGUCUGGCUCUGAGAAUCAGUGGAUGGCAUGGUCCCGUGUGGAAUCUGCUAAACGUGUUGUUGCACACCUCCUCCUUCUCGAUUCGGCGUACGCUCGUCUGCAAGGCGCUGCUGGAGUCGUUGACAUCGACAGAGUCGGAUUGUUGCUGCCGUGUGCCCAGCAGCUCUUCGAAACAGGAACGCUUGCACGGUUCCAGGCCCUGAAGGCUCAAAAAGGCAUGUCAGAAGUCACCCCUUUGAUCAGCAUAUUCAACUUCGCCGAGCAUGCAGUGCCGCAUUUGAUGGGCCCGCUGGCGCUGCAACUGCUACUCACACUGUUCUUUCUGAGAAUAUCAUCGGCCCGUCACCACCUGCCUACACCACACCACAGCAACGAAAGCGAAUCAAAGUCUUACAGUCCUGCCGAAGCUUUCGCUCACAACGCUGCGACCCGAAGCGCUCUUGAAGGCAUAAUAUCGCUUCCCUCUCUUUUUAUGCGGCAGAUACAGCACGGAGACCCUAUGUGCGCACUGGCUUACAACAAUCUUGGUCUCUCACUGACCGCUGACAUGGACCUCUUAGAGAUUGCAUCCGGACGAGAAGUGAUCAGCAUGUAUCUUUUUCACGUGGAGCAGCUUCAAAGACCGGAUGAUGCACAACCUUUGGAGCUUCUGGACGUCGUUGACUGGUCGCUCGUGGGUGGCGAGGGACUCCGGUCGCCAUCUUCGGGCAGUGGCGUCAAUGGAGCAGUCUCAGAUCCCGGACUCACCACUUCGGCGACAACAUUCAUCCGCCACGGUGGCAUGACCACCUUUGCAGGAGACCCGCUGGACCCAGGUUCUCACACAGCCCGCAAGAUCCUGAGCAACUACGUUCAUCUUGUGGAUGAGCUCGGCAGGUGGCGCAUGUCAAGAUACUCGCAGUUGCUACGGACCAUGAGUGAUUUCGCUAUCGAGGGGCCUGACGCGUCGAGGACUGAGGAUACGCAGGAUGGCUCAAGCGAACUGGUUGCAAGGGCCACAGUCAACGGCAAUCAUUCUGCUGCGGUCGCGCCUUUUUGGGAAGACUACACUUAUUGUCAGGGGCGGACCAUCGACGCAAGCACAUAUCAGCCCAUUCAGAAUGCCACAAUGAUCAAGCUCAUAGAAAUGAACCGCCACGGCGCACGUUCCCCGGCCGCUGGACCAGUCCCAGGGGACAACACGGAGUGGUUCCAAUGCGGACAGCCUGACGGUUUCGUCUUCAUGCAGAACGGCAGCACACUCUCGCCAGACCAUACACCGUUCAUGCAGGACCAAGAGGUCAUCAGUGGAGCUUUCGCAUACACAUUCUGGAAAGGCAACUGCGAUGCUGGUCAAUUGACAAACAAUGGAUCCCUGCAACUUCAGGCCCUUGGACGGAACCUUCGUGCUCUAUAUGUCGACAAGCUGGGCGUUCUCCCCACGGAGAUGUCUCCUAAUUUCAACAUCAGCCACACAUACAUUACCAGGACGCAGCAGUCUGCCGAGAACCUCUUCGCAGGCCUCUAUCCACCAUCCACCCGACCCACCAACACCACCCUUACCAUGCGCGUCAGACCCAGCCCAAUCGAAGUCCUGAUCAGCAAUCCCACCGCUUGCCCAAAGCUUGCCAACCUAACCGCGCAAUACGCCGCCUCCAGCGCAUACGCCUCCGCCCUCGCCCCGUACAACAAUCUCCAAACCACUCUCGUGAACGCGUACAACACCUCCCGCAUCAAGGGCUAUAACACCACAGCAGGCCUCUUUGACACCGCCGCCGCAACCUACUGCGCGGGCCUCGGCCUCAAAGGCAAUCUCACGGCUUCCGACAUUCAGACGCUCGUCGUGCCCGGCACGUCCGCGUACCACAACGUCUGGCGGCCCAACAAUCCUAAUUACGAAGAAGCAAAGAUGCUCGGCGUAGGUCCCUGGCUGCAGGAAAUCGUCGGCUCGCUGACCAACUAUUCCUCGCCGCUGGAGGUCUACUCCGCCCACGAUGCGAGUCUGGAUAUGUUCUUAGCGGUAGUGGCUGAUCCAGACCUGCCCUGGCCGCCUUAUGCAAGUAAUGUGCUGACUGAGGUGUGGCGGUAUGAGGGGAAUGGGUCGACGGUGGUGAGGAUGUUUUAUGAGGGUACGGUCGUGCCGGCUGUUGAAGGACUCGGCUGCAGUCUGGCCGCUUGUCCGUUGGAAACGUUUAUGGCUUUCGUGAAGUCGUAUAUCCCGCAGGAUCUGAAGAGUGCUUGUGCGCUGUAA